GACGGAGUAAAUAUUUCCAAAGAAGCUCGGAGCGCAAUAUCUCGAGCGGCAAGUGUGUUUGUGCUUUAUGCAACAUCAUGUGCAAAUAACUUUGCCAUGAAGGGGAAGAGGAAAACGCUGAAUGCUGGUGAUGUUCUCUCUGCCAUGGAGGAAAUGGAGUUUCAGCGAUUUGUAGCCCCUUUGAAAGAAUCACUGGAAGUUUACAGGCGUGAACAGAAAGGAAAGAAAGAAGCAAGGAAAGAUAAAGACAAGAAGGCAGACUCAGAGGAGCAAGAUAAGAGUCGAGAGGAAGAGAAUGAUGAUGAUGAUGAAAGGAUGGAGGAAGAAGAACAAAAUGAUGAUGAAGAGGUGGACAACUGAGCUUGCUGAUGAGAUGUGUGCAGGGGCUGGGUUUUAUUCAGAGGGCUAUAAACGCUGUAA